AGUUCUUAUUUUUGACAUUACGUAAGUUUUGUAACACAUUCAACAUGAAAUUAUGGCCAAAUUUAUAGCUCAGAUCAUCGUUCUCGGUGGUCAAGUCAUCGGUAGAGCUUUUGCUCAAGCUUUGAGGCAGGAAUUUCAAAGAAGUCAAGUUGCUCAAGAUGCAGCAAGAGCAGCUACUGAAGGUGUUAAAAGAGCGGCAACUAAUAGCAUGUUGGGGAUAUCAUUAGAAGAAGCAAAACAGAUAUUGAAUGUGGAGCAAAUUGAAAGAGAGACAAUUCAAAAAAACUAUGAACAUUUGUUUAAAGUAAAUGAAAAGUCAGGUGGUGGAUCAUUUUAUCUUCAAUCUAAGGUUGUUAGAGCAAAGGAAAGAUUGGAUGCAGAACUUGAAGUGUUAGAGAAACAAGAAACAAAAAGUGAUGCAGAUAAAUAAAUAAAGCAACAAGUAUUUCAGUGUAUCCAUAACAAAAAUUAAUUAAUAAUUUGUUGUUUAUGUUUUCAGUGUAUAAAGUAUUAACUAUUGAACAUAAAUGUUUUAUUACUUUGAGCAUAUAGAGAGAAGUUUGACAUUUAGUUUUUAUAUUUUAAUUCUUCUAGAACUAUGUCAAACUUUUUAUGCAACAUUUUAAUUUUAUUAAAAACAACAACAUA